GUAUUGUGUGCAUCCCGCUUCUGCGCAUGUUGCAUGACAGGUGCACACGCAAUCCUCCAUCUUGGCCAUCACAAAAGGGCAUCAACCAUAUACAUUCAAUACAAAUACAAAUCUGACCGCGCGUAGAGAAAAAUAGGCAUAUACUCGAAAUGUAAAUUAGAGGUAAAAAUCAACAACUGCUACUUCGAAUGAAUGACGGACGAGGGAGACCAGAAUGAAGAAUAUCGACUGCGUAUAGUCAAGGAAGACUAACGACCUUUUACACUGUCAGCUUUCACCUGUCUAGUAACGAAUCAACUAUUAAAGAAAACAAAAUGCACCCUUCGUUUUAUUAGAUCUGGCAGUUACUAUUCUUCUCUGCAUCCUUUACCAAAAAGUUGACUGGACCUCUUUAAAGGCUCAGGGGUUGACCAAGAUGGGCGUCAAGAAGCUGGCCAUCCUUCUCCUCGCCUUCUUGGUCUGGAUAGAGGGAGGAUCUACUAAAGAAAAAGGGACAAAGAAAGGGAAGAAGGGGAAGCAAGUCUACUGUCCUUCACAGCUGACACCUGAGGAUCUGGCACGGGUCCCUGAGAAUUCAACCAGUAACAUCUUGAACAGAUUACUGAUCACGUAUGAUCCUCGAAUCAGGCCCAACUUCAAAGGCAUUCCUGUGGAGGACAAAGUGAACAUAUUUAUAAACAGCUUUGGGUCAAUCCAGGAGACCACUAUGGAUUACAGAGUGAACAUCUUUCUGAGGCAGCGAUGGAAUGAUCCCAGACUCAGGCUACCUCGGGACUUUAAGUCUGACUCACUCACCGUUGAUCCCAAGAUGUUCAAAUGCCUGUGGAAGCCUGAUUUGUUCUUCGCUAACGAGAAGAGUGCCAACUUCCAUGACGUCACCCAGGAGAACAUUCUCCUCUUCAUCUUCCGCAACGGUGACGUUCUCAUCAGCAUGAGGUUGUCUGUCACUCUAUCCUGUCCUUUGGACCUGACCCUGUUCCCCAUGGAUACGCAACGCUGUAAGAUGCAGCUGGAGAGCUUUGGCUAUACGACGGAUGACCUGCAGUUUAUGUGGCAGUCAGGAGACCCUGUCCAGAUGGAGGAGAUCGCCCUGCCCCAGUUUGAUAUCAAACAGGAGGACAUAGAGUAUGGAAACUGCACCAAAUUCUAUGCAGGGACAGGCUACUACACGUGUGUGGAGGUGAUAUUCACCCUGAGGAGGCAGGUGGGCUUCUACAUGAUGGGUGUCUAUGCCCCCACACUGCUCAUUGUGGUCCUCUCCUGGCUCUCCUUCUGGAUCAACCCUGAUGCCAGCGCUGCCAGGGUCCCUCUGGGGAUCCUCUCGGUGCUCUCCCUGUCUUCUGAGUGCACGUCCCUGGCGUCAGAGCUGCCCAAGGUUUCCUACGUGAAGGCCAUCGACAUCUGGCUGAUCGCCUGCCUACUGUUUGGCUUCGCCUCCCUGGUGGAGUACGCCGUGGUGCAGGUGAUGCUCAACAGCCCCAAGCGCAUCGAGGCCGAGAAGGCCAAGAUGGCAUCCAAGGUGAAGGCAGAGGGUAAGGAGAAGGCGGCAGGCAAGAACAACACGGUCAAUGGUACCAGCGAGACGCCCUGUCAUGUCAGCACACUGCAGGGGGCAGAGACCCGGUGCAAAAAGGUGUGCACCUCCAAAUCGGACCUGCGCACCAACGACUUCAGCAUUGUUGGCUCACUGCCGCGGGACUUUGAGCUCUCGAACUUUGACUGCUACGGGAAGCCCAUUACCUUGCCCCACGGCCUGAGCAAAAGCCAGGCCAAGGCCAAGAAACCGCCGCCGCCCAAGCCCAUCAUCCCCUCAGCUGCCAAGCGGGUCGACCUCUAUGCCCGAGCCCUCUUCCCCUUCUCCUUCCUCUUCUUCAACGUCAUCUAUUGGUCCGUGUACUUGUGAUCAGGGAUGGAAUUGAAGGGUUUUGGGCCAGCUUGGCUAGUAGACCACAUCUUUGCUUGUGAUCAUCUCGUAUUUUGAUCCAUUCUUCCUUAAUUUUUCAAGUUAUUGAUUUGUUGAUCUGUUUAUAUUAAUCUAUAUAUUAUUAACUAUCAUUAUUGGCACUAGAACAAUUAUAUCAUCCAUGAAUUCAUAAUUAUUGGCACUAGGAAGAGCGAACAUCCAUCAUAGGUGUAAUUUGUGAGAUGAAUGAUCUAAAUUAUUUGACAAUUUGAAAAUCAAUAAAGAAUAAAAAAUAUUUAGAAUUUAUGGAAAAAGAAUACUGUUGUAGUACUUAGUUCAAAGAAAUCAUAAGACACAGUACAAAUAAUUGUAAAUUGGUCUCCAUGUUUGAGCUAGCAGGGUUUUAACGCAGACAGUCCCAGAAUUUCAGAACGCAUUCUGAUAUGUUAAAGAAAUUGCAUUGUGAAACCCAGACGUAUUAUGUCAAAGUCUCUCAAACGCUCUAGAGAAUCACACCAGGGUACCGCAUUUCAAAUUUCAAAACAACCCUAAAAAUAGAUUAAAGAAAGAAUUAAUCAAAAAUAUUAGUGUACAUAGCCAGGUGCUUUUUGUCGCUAAGAGCAGGAACUUGCUCGCAAGAUUGAUAAGAUGGCAUCGGCACAAAGUUUACAAUUGCAUGUUAAAAAUUGCUUAUAUGAAUAUAAAUGCAGUAUAUUAUAUCUAUGAAUGUUUAUUAAAGCUACGAUAUGUAAUUUUUUGGGCGACCUGACCAAGUUCACGUAGAAAAGUGAGUUAAAGAUCUGUAAUUCUCAUUGAAAGCAAGUCUAAGAAGUGGAAGAUGUGCACUAUUUCUAAGCUUCCCGUUCUUAAAUUUUGUUUUUUGUGUCUAUUUGGUUCUGUACACCAGCUUCAAACAGCUGAAAAUGCUAUAUCUGGGGAUUUUGAAAAGAUAUCUCACAGUGGUUUGAAUGGUACAAUGGUUCUCUACACGAGGCAUUGCUUGUUUUGUCACAUAAACUAAAAUUAGGCGAACUCUAAUAUUAAAUACUAAAUAUUACCUUUAAUAUUAUGGUAUUAUUUUCUCUCUCCAAGACUACAGUUGAUAUAUAAAAAACGGUGUCUUUGUUCAGUUGGUUAUAUGACAUUGCCACGACGAGAAUUGUACCUUUUGACAAUCUCUCACAUAUCACUACAUGUUCAGCACCAUAUUUAAUGUGUAAAUGGUUUAACAAACUGACCAUGUAUAUGUGAUUUGCAAGUUUACAAUUUACAAACUAAAUAAAUGUUUAUAUGACUCACUCAA